GAUAUCAAGAUUGAAAUCAACUUGAAUUCAUCGAGUGUCAAAGAACAUUCUAGCAGUGCAAACAUUUCAUAUCCGUAACAACUCGGAACGAUCUGGUGACAGAGGAGGGAUGUUUGGAAAAACAUGGCAUAGCACAGACUGUUUAACGAUGCACACGGUCGUUAUAAAAUCGAUUGCUCUGCCAGAAGCAGUCAUUAACGUAGCUCGAUUGACGAUCGACUUCUUUUUUCGCGAGGAUCGAAACAGAGAAUUAACUGGAAAAUGAAGUUUCUGAUAAUUGCGUUACUGUUGGUCUUCCUGCAAAUACAGCAUGGUCUUUUCGCUAAAUUGGAAUCGAAAGAAAAUCAAACACUGGAAGACCAACAGCGAAGCAUUCGAGUCCAUCGGGUCUCUGACCGGGAUUUCCCCAAAACCGACUUCUCUCAGAUAAAGAACUCCAUAAAAGAGAUCAUGAUCAAGCAGGCGCUUAUAUUAGGAGGCGAGGAAUUCGAGAAACUUCUAACAGAUUUCCCAAAUUUAGGCAAUCUCGUACGACACGAGAGUCAGUUAUUCAAAGAACUGAACGCGAUUCUGAUGGAACUGAUUCAAGGCGGAACCGUCACGCUGAAAAAUAUUGAUCUCGAGAUCAGCGAGAUGAUGGACACCAGCACAUCAUCGGCGUCCAUUAAACCGGUAUCGAAGACCAACAAGAGUUUGGAGAAUAUUCUAAAUUCGUUGGAACAGGCAGACACUUAUCAACAAGAUGUUCAAGAAAGCCAGGAGAACUCGAGUAAUUUUAUCAAAAAGAAAUCCAUAAUGAUCGUAAGGAAUGUCCCUUCGUUGUCCGUUUCUAAUUUUUCCACGUUUUUUCGAGGCGUUCCAACUCAGAUCGAAUCGAUAAGCGAAUUGGAAUUGAAAACGAUGAAGAAUUUGCUAGAUUUGGACAACGUGCUGAUGGAGAUUCAAAAACACCUAACUUUCGUUCGAAGUGUGUUUGACAGACUUUGCAGGAAACAUCACUCUACGUUGCCAACUCAAUCGAGCCCCAACAAUCUGGGAAAAUUCACCCCGAUGAAUCAGCCCAAGAAAGUGUCGAUACUUUAGAUAUAAACAAUGAAAGAGCUGAACUAAAGCUUUUCUUUUAGAUUAGUGUAUCAACAUUUUAUUGCUCUAUAAAAUGAUUGUAUAUGUGUAAAGGUUACUUGAAUAAAUAUUCUCAAAUAAUCG